GACUGUAGACACAUUUAAAGAGGAGAGUCCAAUAACAUAAUCUGCUGAUCACAAAUAAACACAACACACCAAAUCAGUGACGACAGCAGGACAUUAAAGAAUCAACCAUCGAUUGGUGAUCUGUCUAUCAGCAGUAUGAGCUCAAAGGGUGGCACUGCCCUGCCCCGACGCAACUAUCGUCUGACAUCAGAAACAGACAAACCUAAAGCUGCAGGUAUUGUCAAUGAGAAGUUGUUGAGUGAUUAUUUGCAUCAUGUGUUUCCUGCGUCCGGUAAGCAUGGACCAGCGUCAGCAACGCACAGAAAAACUCUGACGUUCCAGAAUCUUGGAGCCCAUCUGGAGAAACUGCUGUCUGAGGAUAAUGCUUCCGACGACGGCCGGGAUCAGGUGGAAGGCUGUCUCGGACCGUCGACUGUUGUUCUGGAUCACAGCAGUGGGUUUGAGGGACUGUUAUUUGUUGACGACGACCUCUUAGGGGUGAUCGGCCACAGCAACUUCAGCUCCAUCAGAGCCACCACAUGUGUUUACAAAGGGAAAUGGGUCUAUGAAGUCCUCAUCUCAUCUCAAGGACUGAUGCAGAUUGGCUGGUGCACAUUUAACUGCAGGUUUAACCAGGAGGAGGGAGUUGGAGACACGCCAGACUCGUACGCCUAUGAUGGAAACAGAGUUCGUAAGUGGAACGUCACAACCACCAACUACGGCAAGUCGUGGGCUGCUGGGGAUAUCGUCAGCUGUCUGAUAGAUUUGGAUGAAGGAACGAUUACGUUUUGUUUAAACGGACAGUCGCUCGGUGUCGCGUUCAGUAACAUUAAGACGGGACCCGGCAUCGCUUACUUUCCCGCAAUUAGUUUGUCAUUUAAAGAGUCUGUAGCAUUCAACUUUGGCAGCCGUCCUCUCAGGUACCCUGUGGAGGGUUACCUUCCUCUGCAAAGCCCACCAACCUCUGACCUCAGCAAAGCCAAUAGACUUCUGGGAUACAUCAAGACUCUUUUGUCCACCUCCAUGGACAAACAGGAGGAGAAAAUUGUUGAGAAAGAAAUUGGGGCCUGGCAGCUUCAUGGCGAUCCAACGGUCCUGAUGACCCUUGCACAUGUAUUUAACCAUUUUGCACCUCUCAUGUGUAAAGUGUAUCUGGUGGAGGACGUGUUGAUGAACUUUCUGUUGAGUAUACUGGAGGGCGGAGGAUCUGUGGAGGAACAUCCGCUUAUACAACAACUGCUGGAUCUUUUCUGGCUGCUCAUGGAGGACUAUGAGGUGAACGAGUGUUUAAAACAGCUGAUGAUGUCACUGCUGAGAGCCUAUCGGUUUUCGCCCAUCAUUCCUGAUCUGGGCUUCCAGAUUCAUUACCUCCGCCUGACCAUAGCCAUCCUCCGUCACGAGAAGUCAAGGAAGUACCUGCUCAGCAAUGUUUUAUUCGACGUUCUGAGAUCUGUAGUCUUCUUUUACAUCAAGACUCCUCUAAGGGUGAAGGAAGCGGGGCUGGAGGAACUCAUCCCAACCACAUGGUGGCCGACACGCUUUGACAAAGAGGGUAAAGAUGAGAGAGACACACGUGAAGAGACGGCUGACGAGAGACUGAGACGACGGGCAUAUGAGAGAGGCUGUCACAGCUCAAGAAAAGGAUUGAACCUUGUGGAGGAGUUGCAGGUUCAGAUUCUCAGACUGAUGUUAAACAACAACGACAAGGGAAAGGGUGAAGCUUCCCGAUACAUUUUCCUGAACAAAUUACGCAAGUUUCUACAAGAGAACUCCAGCAACAGAGGGAACCCCACAGUUUUAUGUCCUCCUGAAUACAUGGUGUGUUUUUUACAUCGUUUGAUCACAGCCAUCAGGGGCUACUGGGAUGAAGGGAGGAGAAAAAGUCCUGGAUCCAUCAGUAGUGAAGAUGCAUACGUUCCCCCUCAGCUGUUCUACAACGGGAAGGUGGAUUACUUUGACCUUCAGCGGCUUGGUGGCCUUCUCUCGCAUUUAAAGAAAACGCUUAAAGAUGAUCUGGCCGCAAAGGCCAACAUCAUCAUAGACCCAGCAGAGAUACAAGCUGCCUCCAUGGAUGACCUGGAUGAAGAUGAUGAGACCGGAGCCGCACAGAGACCAUCUGGUGCUGCUGCUAUGGGUGGUGCCAUGGCCCGGCCCAGCUGGUUAAGCUCCCCGACGCUGGGCAGAGCCAACCGCUUCCUUAGCACUGCUGCCGUCAGCCUCAUGACCCCUCGACGACCUCUCGCCCCGCCCGAGAAGGUCAAAGUUCGGACGCUCGCUGUGGAGCAGAGAACAGAGGAGGAUAUUGAGGGAAGCCAUGGUAACGAUGGGCUGUUGCUGGGGCGACCGUUAGAAGAGCCCGACCAGCCAAUCACGGAGAAGUCCCUUCUGGAGAUCCUGGAUGGGGUUAUGAUGAUGUAUAAUCUUAGCGUUCAUCAGCAGCUCGGAAAGAUGGUGGUCGUGUCCGAUGAUGUCCAUGAAUAUGCGAUUGCCCUAAAGGACACAGAGGAGAAGAUCGCCCGAUGCCCAAGCAGAAGGCCGGAUAUUCUAGAAGAGUUGCAAAAGAGCCAGAAAGUGUUUGCUGAAAAGCUGAACCACUUGAGUCGCAGGUUGGCCUGGAUCAACGCCACCAUCUAUUCCAAGGAGAAGAUGUCGGACGUGUACUGGCUCCUGAGGGUUUGUAUCCGCACCAUCGAGCAUGCAGACAACACUGGCUCCUUGUUUGCAUUCAUGCCUGAAUUCUACCUCAACGUAGCCAUGAACAGCUACAGCGCCCUCAAGAACUACUUCAGCCCCUCCAACUGCAUGGAGGAACUUCCAGGUUACGAGGAAACGCUCACACAGCUUGCCACGAUUCUCUCCAAGCACUUCGCAGAUCUGCGUAUCGUCGGGACAGAUAUUAAAGAUUCUUUGAUGCAGGCUUUGGCCAGUUAUGUGUGUUACCCACAGUCCCUGCGAGCCGUCGAGAGGAUUCCAGAGGAACAGCGGGUGGCUAUGAUGAGGAACUUACUGGCUCCAUAUGAACAGAGACCCUGGGCUCAAACCAACUGGAUUCUGGUUCGUCUUUGGAGGGGUUGUGGGUUUGGCUACAGGUACACUCGUCUUCCUCACUUACUGAAGACCAAACCUGAGGAUGCCAACCUACCCAGCCUUCAGAAGCCCUGUCCAUCACUUCUGCUUCAGAAACACAUGUCCGAGCUUCUUAGUCAAGACAAAGAAAUGGCUGCCAGUUUCCUCAACAGUGUCCUCAACCAACUCAACUGGGCUUUCUCUGAGUUUAUCGGCAUGAUACAGGAGAUCCAGCAAGCAGCAGAGCGACCUGAGAGGAAUUUCGUGGACACGCGGCAGCUGAAAGUGUGCGCGACAUGCUUCGACCUGUCUGUCAGUCUGCUGCGGGUUCUGGAAAUGACUAUCACUCUAGUACCGCAGAUCUUCCUGGACUGGUCCCGCCCCUCCGCCGAGCUGCUGCUUCGACGAUUGGCUCAGCUCCUCAACCAAGUGUUAAAUCGAGUCACGGCAGAAAGAAACCUGUUUGACCGAGUGGUCAACUUGCGCCUCCCAGGUCUGGAAAGCGUUGAUCAUUAUCCUAUCCUCGUGGCUGUUACAGGGAUUCUAGUGCGCAUUCUGGUGGACUCGGACAAACAAGGGAUCUCACGGGCCGCAGCCGUGCUUCUGUCGGAUCCUUGCUUUCAGCUUCGGUCCAUCCAGUAUCUUCUCGGGGAAGGAGAGGGCGAAGCUACGGCCGCCGACAGCAAACACUUCUCUCUACACACGUACACAGACUACAUCAGCGCAGAAGAGGAACAGAAGGUAGAACAGAUGCUGGCUUUCCUGAUGGAGGAGUCCAAGCAAGCGGCGGCCAGCACAGCGCCAACCAGCGAGGAUGAUCUUUGCCCAAUCUGCUAUGCACACUCCAUAUCGGCCGUCUUCAAGCCCUGCUCCCACAAAUCCUGCAAGGCCUGUAUCAAUCAGCACUUGAUGAAUAACAAGGACUGCUUCUUCUGCAAGGCCACUAUCACAGGAGUAGAUGAUUACAUCAAACCAGCCAGCUCAUAGCAUGCCCUUCACAAACAUACACAACCUUACACGAAAUCAACAUGACUUUCCCCAAAGACUUCACUUAUGAAAACACACACGUGCAGACAGGUCUCACAUCCUUUCUGUGUUCAGAUAGCCCCCCAUCUGUUCAUCCUGGCAGUGAACCCCUCUGUGCCGAUAUAUUUCGUCCUCUGGCAAAUGGACCGAGGCCUCGCAAGGCGACAAUCCUUCCCAGGUGUCUUUGUGAUGAAUGUGAUGAAAGCUGUCGUCUCAUAGCGGUUCUGCAGGAGCAGGAAAGCGGUCUGAUGCUGAAUCAGAAAAAUCAGAUGAUAGUGACGGAUCACUCGGACGCCGGAGAAAAGGAAAUGAGAAAUCCGGCAUCACACCUUUAUCACUAUCUCACCUCAUCUCUUCUUGUCUUUCAUUUUUUCUCAUGUUUUCUGUUUUCAUCGUCUGUUUUACUUACGUCUGAUCUCUAAUCUUAUAUUCUGCAUCUGAUUUCAUCUCUUUUCUUGCAUCUUGUCUCAUUUCCUCCCCUCUCGUGUUUUGUGAUCUCAUCUGUUUUAUUGUACUCUUUUUCCAAACUCUGGUUAUAAUAGCAUAUCAGUCGGGAAAGCAGACAUAAACUUUGUACUAGAGACACUUUUACAUCAUUACCUGCAUUUGGUAAUGUUUUUAUACUCUAAACCUACAGCCAUAUUUGAUGUACCGUAUACACAGUAAAAAUAUGUAGUAUCACACUAAGCAGAACCUACAGUCUGUAGUCUGACAUGGUCAAAGAAGAACAUACACUAGUCAGACUAUAUGUAAUAACAUUUUUAUUAAGGGUUUAUAAAGCACUAUACUGGAUAAGAACUUCAUUGUGUAUGUUUUGACAUUGGGACUGUUUACAUUUGAUCAUCAAUGCAAUUUAAUUUGUGGGACAGUCAAAAUGGUUGACACCAUCAGGACAGAUGGACGUACAAAUGGUUCAGCCAAGAUUUAGCGUUGACUGUCGAAAUACAGCAGACGAGUGUUACAACAGUUGGGUUUUGCUUUUUAACCCGCGCACAUACUGUAUCAUAUACAUCCUGAACGCUCUUGUCACUUAAGUUCGAAACACUGUAUAAAAUAUAUAUAUGAAUUAUCAAAAACCAAAAAAGUUGGGUUACUACUUCUAUGAUUUGGACUGUUCAAGGAUUUCUUAUGAUCUGGUGUAAUAUUGUUUUAACCGGGGAUGCAUGACAUGAUUUUAGGACCCCCACUCACCCUCCAUAGCUCUUCACUUAAAGUGUGCGCGUGUGUGAAGAUGUGUGAGUUUGUUUUAUUUCUGCGAUUGAGUGUGUGCCGACAGAUUUCAUUUAACAAUGGGUUUCCACUCUCAGGCAUCUGAUUCAGUUGUCAAAGGGAAUUUUAGGUUAGUUAAGCAAUAUUUAAAGAACGGUUGAUGAAACGGGAGACAGCAACUUCUUGUUCUUUCACGUUUGUGGGAGUGUACAUGUAUUGAUGUGAUAUUAGCAUUAAAUUAUUUAUCUUAGAA